AUGACGUUCCUAUCGCCUCACAACGCCCCCUCUCAAACGCGACUCUACCUUCCGCACGAGUUUCCCGCACUCUUGGUGAACCUGCACGAUGCGAUGGAGGUGCUGAACGAUAGGAUGGAGUACUACCAAACGAUGAGUGAGCUGGUGAACGAGAUGGCGGCGCGUCACCCGAACAUGAUACCGUUCGACCUGAUCGACGAGAAGGAGAUCAGCUCACUGGUGCAUCUCGCGAGGUGCUUGAAGUGGGACGAGGAUGCAGCUAGCAAGCUGAAGAGGAGCGUCGUACCCGAUGUACGAUUGAUUAGGAACCUGAGGGACAAGGUCGUCGGGGAGAAGCAGUAG